AUGUCCACAGGAAUGAUACUGGAGUAUAACGAGUAUAGUACAGCCCAAAGGAGAGAGCUAAGCCAAGUCAUCCGCAAAGUUCUUAAUACAGAUGUUGGGCAGGGAGUUUCAUUAGAAAGAGACAACAACGGAUGGUCUCAACAAUUUGAUAAACAUUAUGCAAAAGGCAGAUACAAUAAAAUGAAAUCUCCGUAUAUAUUUCAGACGAAGACACCUGAGUGCUUGGCCGCCCCCGUGCCAGCAGAAUGUAGGUGCCAAGGGCUAGAGCUCGUCUGCGACGGUGCCAAGUUACGUGCUGUCCCUUCCGUCUCUCCAAAUAUAACCAUGAUGUCUCUCAGGUGGAAUCUGCUAAGGAAACUUUCUGCUGAUAUUUUCAAGAAAUACCAAGACCUUAAAAAUCUGUAUCUUCAGAACAAUAAGAUCAGAGCUGUCUCCGAACGCGCUUUCAGAGGUUUAUACAAUUUGACAAAGCUAUAUCUGAGUCACAACAAGAUAACCAGUUUGAAGCCUGGUGUUUUUCAAGAUCUCCACAAGCUAGAAUGGCU